AUGAUUAUGGCAACUAAUCGUCCAGAUACUCUUGAUCCAGCUCUGCUUAGACCUGGACGUUUAGAUAGAAAAAUUGAAAUUCCUUUGCCAAAUGAACAAGCUCGAAUGGAUGUAUUGAAAAUACAUGCAGCUCCAAUAGCCAAACAUGGUGAAAUAG